ACUGGAGUCCGGAGUCCCACUCUCUCACCUGCGCAGUUCGGAGCUGCCAUGGCUCUCCUGCCUGGAUUUACUGUCCUAAUCAUCCUGCCGGCCUUCCUGCUGCGCACCCACGGCCUUUACAUCACCAGUAGCGUCGACUCCCUGCAGCACGUCCUGGGGGAGUAUGGACUGGUGAGGCCCAUCAGUGUGGAUGCAGAGGGUCGCUUUCUGUCUCACACAGUUUCGGCUGACCACAUGGCAGGAGGACAGUCCCGUAGGCGCCGGAGGAGGGAGGUAGGAAUAGGCGACGACAAGUGGGAAGAUGCGAGGUGGCUCUAUGAGGAUGAAGAGCCUAUGGCCCGUCGGGAAACGCUUUAUUACAAUGUCACUGUCUUCGGCCGGGAAUUCCACCUGCGCUUGCACCACAACAGCAGGCUGGUGGCCCCCGGAGCCAAGAUGGUGUGGCACGAUGACAGCGACAGCACACAGCACUCUGAGCUGCUGCAUGAUGACUGCUUGUACGUGGGUGACAUCACAGACACGCCAGGAGCCACUGUGGCCAUCAGCAACUGCGACGGCCUGGCUGGUGUGAUCAGAACGGAGCAAGAGGAGUUUUUUAUUGAGCCCAUAGAGAAGGGUGAUGGCAAGAUCCAGGAGGAGAAGGGAGGAGGCGGAAGGACGCACGUGGUGUAUCGUUCUUCAGCCAUAAAGAAAAGGCCAAUCAGCAGCACGGCGGCAGACUAUCACUCCAGAGGGUCAGACCUUGGUGGUCUAAUGGAGCUGGAGACUUUAUACCGCGGCAUAGAGCAGAGUAUCAACCAUACACGAGCAAGGCGCACACGCAGACAGAGCCUGGACAGGGCGUACAACAUCGAGGUGCUGCUGGGUGUUGAUGACUCAGUUGUCCAGUUUCAUGAGAAGGAACACGUCCAGAAGUACCUGCUCACACUCAUGAACAUCGUGAAUGAGAUCUAUCACGACCAGUCGCUGGGAGCAAAGAUCAAUGUGGUGCUGGUGCGGAUUAUCAUGCUUGGCUAUGGAAAGUCCAUGAGUCUGAUAGAACUGGGGAAUCCAUCACAGAGUCUAGAGAAUGUGUGUCGCUGGGCCUUUCUGCAGCAGAAGCAGGACACAGGGGACGCGGAGUAUCAUGACCAUGCCAUCUUCCUCACGCGACAGGAAUUUGGCCCCACGGGCAUGCAAGGUUAUGCCCCUGUGACAGGCAUGUGUCAUCCGGUGAGGAGCUGCACUUUGAAUCAUGAGGAUGGCUUCUCCUCAGCUUUUGUGGUAGCACAUGAGACUGGACACGUGUUGGGCAUGGAGCACGAUGGCCAGGGGAACCGCUGUGGAGAUGAGGUGCACAUGGGCAGCAUCAUGGCCCCGCUGGUGCAAGCUGCCUUCCACCGGUUUCACUGGUCCAAAUGCAGUAUGCAAGAGCUGGGACGCUACCUUCAUUCCUAUGAUUGUCUCCGGGAUGAUCCUUUUGACCACAACUGGCCAUCGCUGCCUCAGCUUCCUGGUUUGCACUACUCCAUGAACGAACAGUGCCGCUUUGACUUCGGGGUGGGCUACACCAUGUGCACCGCGCUACAAAAGGCGGGCCAGUCAGGAACGCAGUAUCGCACGUUUGACCCCUGUAAGCAGCUGUGGUGCAGCCACCCAGACAAUCCCUUCUUCUGCAAGACCAAGAAGGGACCUCCCAUUGAUGGUACCAUGUGUGGGAAUGGGAAGCAUUGCUUUAAGGGUCACUGCAUCUGGUUGACCCCUGACCUCAUUAAGCAGGAUGGAAAUUGGGGAUCAUGGAGUGAGUUUGGCCAGUGCUCCCGCACCUGUGGUGGAGGAGUACAGUUUCGCACACGCGACUGUGACAAUCCGAGACCGGCCAAUCAAGGCCGUACAUGCAUAGGCACUAGAUACCAGUUCCAAAUGUGCAAUACCAAUGAGUGUGAGGAUAUCUACAGCGACCCCAGAGAGGAACAAUGCCAUGCUUGGGAUCCUCGUUUUGACAUCCACAGCAACAAGCACCAAUGGCUGCCUUAUGAACACCCAGACCCUAACAAACGCUGCCACCUGCAUUGCCAAUCCAAAGAAACACGAGAUGUGGUGUAUAUGCAGAGAAUGGUCCUGGAUGGCACCCGCUGCUCAUACAAAGACCCGCACAGUGUGUGUGUGCGUGGAGAGUGUGAGAAAGUGGGCUGCAACGGUGUGGUCGGUUCCUCAAAGCAGGAGGACAAGUGUGGAGUUUGUGGAGGAGACAAUUCCAACUGCAAAACCUUCAAAGACACAAUCACUCGCACUGCAAAGAAACAAGCUUUCCUCAAAGUUCUUGAAAUUCCCAGAGGAGCAAGACAUUUGUUGAUCCAAGAGCUGAAAGCAACCUCACACACUUUAGCUGUGAAGAACGUAGCAUCAGGACUGUUCUUCUUGAAUGGGGACAUUGAAUACCCAGAAUCCCGCUCUGUUAUAGAGAAGGGCGUGGAGUGGGAGUAUGAAAAUGACAAAGACAAGGAGACGCUUCAGACCACCGGCCCACUCAGACAUGGAGUUUUGAUUUUGAUGAAGCUGCACGGAGAUGAAGAUGUGAAUUUAUCUUACAAGUACAUGAUGAACAUGGACAGUGACUCUGCCAUUCAAGACAACAUGCUGGUGGAAGACAGUGCCUACGAAUGGGCCCCAAAGAAGUGGUCUUACUGCUCGAAGCCAUGUGGUGGAGGAAAGCAAUAUUUGCGAUACGGCUGCAGACGGAAAGUAGAUAGCAAGAUGGUGCACAAGAGCUUCUGCAACAAGUCCAACAUGAAGCCAAGAGGAGACAGCAGAGACUGCAACCAGAAACCGUGCCCCCCUCCGAUUUGGGUGGCAGGGGAGUGGCAGAACUGCAGCAAACCAUGUGGAAAGACGGGCCUGCAAGUCCGCUCCGUCAGCUGUGUUCAGCCAUCAGAUGACAACACCACACGCUCAAUCCAUAAUAAACACUGCAACGACAACAGACCAGAAUCCCGCAGGCCCUGCAACCGAUACCCCUGCCCUACUGAGUGGAGAGUUGGACCCUGGUCACAGUGCUCAGUGACAUGCGGUAAUGGGACCCAGCAGCGGCAGGCUCUGUGCCACACCAGGGACAACACCAUUGGCCUGUGCCUGGACAGUAAACCUGAAACCAUCAGAACCUGUCGUCUGGAUCCAUGUCCAAAGGGCUCUUCUGAUCUCAACAAGAAUGGCAACAUCCUGACCUACUGGCUCUCUCGCCACAAGAACUUCCCCAUCCAGAAGAUCUCCUCACGCCAACAUUGUCAUGGAGACCGAUCGGUGUUCUGUGGAAUUGACACCUUGAGGCGUUAUUGCGCUCUACCAGACUACCGACGCAUGUGCUGCAAGUCCUGCAGCAAUAUAACCGUCACAGACCUUUUAAACAAUAUCACCUUCAAACCUGCGCCAAUACGGUCAACCAAGCCCAGUGUUACAGCACAUCCACCUACCAACAGCCAGAACUCCACCAUCCAUGUCACCACAGCUGUCACAACCACUAUUACUCAUCCUUGGUUAACCAUACAUCCACCGGUGUCAACCAUUCCUUUCCCUCAGUCCACUCUGACCUCAGUUGAUCUGACAAUUAGGUCUCAUCUACCCACUUCCACAAGUGCUACUGUCCUCCCUACUACCUUUUCAGUGCUAACCGCCUCAGUUCCCACGAUCUCACCCACCCUUACUGCUGAUCUCCAACCUCUUCCUGCCCCAGAUAGAGAUGAUGGCACAGACCCAGUGUCAGACAAUCUGGCCACAACAGAUGCUACAGCAAUGCUCAGUCCAAACGGUUCACUUCCUGCAGAAAAUGGUACAGACACUAUAGUCACAUUCACGUCUAAUAACCCAGAUCCAGAGGUACAGAAUUAUAUCACAAUAAUUCCAGUUCUGACAACCACUGCAGACCCUUCAGCAAUAAACAGCACAAAUGUGAUCAGUCCAACAGAAAAUACUAUAACAGUGGACACUGUGCUAACAUCUAAGGCCAAAGAAAAAAGUCCAUCAAAGAAAGUCCCCAAAAAAUUGAGUCCACCAAAGACAGACUCAACAAAGCUUAUUGCACUAAAAAAUAACACAAAAAAAGAUGGUACACAAAAGAUGAAUCCAAAAAAAGUGACUCCAUCAAACACAACUCCUAAAAAGAAUACUGUAGGAAACACUACUCCCAAAAACAAUACUGCAGGAAACACUAAUACAACAAGUAUUACUCCCACAAAGAAUAUCCUAUCAAACACCACUCCCAAAAAGAAUACCCCACCAAACUCUUCUCCUAAAAAGAAUACUGUCAGAAACACUACUGCAAAAAAUGCUGUUCCCCAAAAGAAUACCCCAGCAAAUACUACUGCAACCAACAAUACUCUCAAAAAAAGUAUUGUGUCAAACACCACUUCCAAAAAGAAUAUCCUAGCAAACACUUCUCCCAAAAAGAAUACUGUAGGAAACACUACUCCCAAAAAGAAUACUGCAGCAAAUACUUCUGCAACCAACACUACUCCCAAAAAGAGUACUCUAGCAAACAGCAAUCCCAAAAAGAAUAAGCCUGGAAACACAACCACAACAAACACGGGUUCCAAAAAGAAGACUGCAGGAAAUACUACUCCCAAGAAGAAUACUGCAGGUAGCCCUACUCCAAAAAACACCCUCUUAAACAAUGUUCCAAAAAAGGAGGUUCCACCAAAGAGUACUCCCAAAAAGGACACAAAGCCAAAGAACAAACUUACAGAACAAACUCAAACAAAGACAAGCCCAAAAAAGAAUUCCAAAACAGGGCCCAAAAAGGUCAUAAACUCACAGGCCAAGGAGAGUCAGAAGAAAGCCAGUGUGAAAAAAGCUAACACAAAAAAUAAAACACUUCCAAACAUGUUGUCAUAUACUACUGUUCCAUCUCCAUAUACAAAGCCAGAACACUUAAGAGAGCAUGUUUCUUCCACGAGAUCCUCCAGCAUUAGUCUAUAUGCUACCGAACCAAGCACACUAUUCCCUGAAACCAGGUUCAACAUCACAUACAUUAGUAAUGAUACAGCAACCACAGAUCAACCACCAUUGUGGCACCAUAAUGAUGGAGUUGUAACUCCUGGCACUUUUGGUGAUGUGAUGACAUCCACUGGAAAUGUUCAUUAUGAAGAGGUUACAAUGCCAGGUGGAAUCAUGCCAUAUACUGAUGACACAAUGCUAAGCAGUGAUGAUGUUGCAGUGACCAGUGGGGCCAUUCUUAGUGGUGAUGGGGUUACAGUGUCCUAUGGUGGUGUAGCAGUGGCCAGUGAAACCAUCGUGCUAGAUGAUGGCCUCACCAUGGUGAUUCCGACCAUCAACAGCAAGCCCGUGACAGAUCUCACUUCCUUGCCAUACUUAGAGCGGACUGAAUACAUUCCUGUAAAUGCACCUGUUCCAUCAACUAUGUCUGAUCCAACCUCUACCUCACCUCCCCCAACAUUCAUCCAAACAACAGAGAAACCAGUCGUCAUAACCACUGCCAAUACAGUGGCCCCUCAGAGAAGAUCUGACGACACCAGUGAGAACAAUUCCAUUGAUGUCUUAGACAACAUCAUCACAAUUACAGCCAGUGACAUCUCUCAAAACAACUUGAUCCCAAGGCGCCGGGUCAACCUCCACGAGAGAACCAAGAACAAACGCAUUCAGGAGCUUCUGGAGGAAAAACGGAACUUUCUCCUCAGGAUGAAAAGAGGCCAUGCAGUAUGAUUGACCAAACUAUUUCCUUUCUCUUAUAGAGAUGAACAUUUUCUGAACAGAAUUGUGUUAAACCCCUUUGAACUCAUGGUUGUUUGUAUCGGGACUUUCUUACCUGCUGUUGUGCAGACAGAUUAUCAGCCAAAUGUUUAAAGAAUUUAGAAAACUGCUUUAAAGCUUGUAUUUUACAGUAUUUGGAGCACAUCACCUUGCCUGCCAAAACACAAUAAUGACAGCUACAUGUAUAGAUUGACCAGCACUUUACAAAGCCAAACUUUAACCCUCUGAACCACCCACAGUCAGUUUGAGGAUGUCAGACACAUUAAGAGAAUCUGUAGAUAUGAUUUUGUCUUGUAUAUGAAAUAAUAUUAAUUAUUUCCACUUGAACAUCAACAAAUCCUCACUGGAAAAUGCAUGUUCAUCCGGUCAUAUUACUGCCUGUGACUGCAGCCCACUUUCCCCCAAACAGAAAUAAAUACCUCUCAACCCAAAAGAUCAUGUAGUGGAGCACAAGAUGACUACCCUAUUUUUCAGUAUAGUAUUUUUCAGACUGUAAGUCAUGUUUGGUUUAUUUAUGGGUUCUCCAGUGUGGCUUAUACAGAAAAAAGUCAUGCUUUCCUUACUAAGAAUAAUAAUUAUUUAUAUAGGGCUUUCUCAGGAAUCAAAGCAGUAAUUAAACUAAAUUCCAAUAAUGAAAGAAUACCUGCCAAUAAUAAAAUCUGUAAUUCAGAAAAAGGUGUAUUUUAUAUAUGCUCAUAAAAUUUCAUCAAGAUCCAUUCAUAACCUUUUGAGUUCAAUGUUGCAACAUUCUUCUGGAUCCCGGAUCCAGAAUAUGUUCUGAUUAGACUCAAAAAUGACAAAUAUUUCCUGGUACACUGAUAAAAGAGAAUAGUUGAAUAAACUUAAAGUAAUUGUUUUAAUUGGUAACAUCUAAAUGAAUGAAGCUGUUUGAACUUAAGUUUGUAAGUUAAAGUUGAUAUUUGGCACUAUAUAAAUGAAAAGUUGAAAUUAAAAAUUGAUAUAACUUAUUAACUUAGCGCCCGGUCCCACUUGCGGUUAGGAAGAUUUGCUUAAGAAUUGCGCACAAAAUUGGUUCAUAUUCGCUAAACAUCCACAAUAUCGGUGAAACAUGCUUGUAUGAUUCGGCCGACAUCCACACACGUCUGCAGGGAUCUGCAGAGGCACGUUUUUCUGUUGAAAAGAUUUUUGAGCUGCACAAAAUUUUGGUUGCGGAUGACAUCCGCCUUACAUACGCAAUACAUACUC